AUGACGGGAUCAUCAGGUCCCACAGGUUACUCAGGUGCUACAGGCAGUCCAGGUCCUCAAGGUCCUACAGGUGCACGAGGGGACCAGGGUACACCAGGAUCUACGGGGCAAAUGGGCAACACAGGUGCUACAGGUUUGAUUGGUCCUGCUGGCUCUACUGGUUUCCCUGGCCUGCCUGGAAAUCAGGGAAUGCCAGGUGCAACUGGAUCCUCCGGAACGAUGGGUGCAACCGGCGCUUUUGGGGAUACAGGAUGGACGGGAGAUACAGGUGAUACAGGACCUACAGGUUUUAAAGGACCUACUGGAUUUCCUGGUCCUCAAGGAUCACCAGGACCCAAUGGUAAGUUGUUUUAUUAA